GAGCCGAAGAUGUCGGCUCGGUCAUGUGAUCAGCUGUGUCAAAUCACAGCUGAUCGCAUGUAAACAGGGAAAUGCCGGUUAUCGGCAUUUCUCUCCACAUGAGCUGGGACAUGUACACUGAUCAUUAGAGCACUGAUGAUCAGUGUGCCCUGAUGAUCUGUGUAGCCCCAGCAGUGCCACCUGUCAGGGUCCAUCAGUGCCAGCUGUCAGUGCCCAUCAGUGCCACCUGCCAGUGCCCAUCAGUGACACAUCAAUCUCACAUAUCAGUGCCUACUAGUGCACAUCAAUGACACAUAUCAGUGCCCAUCUGAGCUGCCUUUCAGUGUCACACAUCAGUGCCAGUCAGUGCCACCUAUCAAUGCCAAUCAGUGCCACCUAUCAGUGCUGCCAAUCAGUGCCACCUAUCAGUGUCAGUCAGUGCCACCUAUCAGUGCCAGUCAGUGCCACCUAUCAGUGUGCAUCAGUGCGCCUAUCAGUGCCAGUCAGUGCUGUCUAUCAGUGCCGCCUAUCAUUGCCAGUCAGUGCCACCUAUCAGUGCUACCUAUCAGUGCCGCCUAUCAGUGCCAUAUAUGAUUGCUGCCUUUCAGUGUCCAUCAGUGAU